AUGAGCGGUACCCUCAUGAAUGAUGUCGUUUGCUUUGGAACCGAUCGGCAGUAUUGCACCGACCAAAAUCAAGGGCUGGCUUGCGCCACGGAUGAACCUGGAAGUGCUUUUGUAGCAUCAAAAUUCGACGGUGUUCUUGGUAUGGCAUGGGAUUCAGUCGCGCCAGACAGCAUUCGACAACCUAUGGACCAGAUCUUCGCCAAUAAGGCGCUGUGCCCGGAAGCGCUUUUCGCAUUCUAUAUGGCUAAUGACGAAGACAGCGUUGGUGGAGUUAUGACCCUCUGUGGAAUGAACCCGGCACAUUACAAGGGUUCGAUCGCAUGGGAGCCUCUGAUUUCUGAGGACUACUGGCGAAUCUAUUUGAGAGCUGUCACCAUCCAAGGAAAAGCGAUAACGAACGGGCCAGUCAGCGCCAUUGUUGAUACCGGAACUUCGUUUAUUGGCGGGCCAAGCGAUGCCAUCCAAAUGAUUCAAAGCACAAUCGAAGCUCUUCUAAAUUUGGAUGAUCAACAACUGGUCGACUGUAGUAUUAGACCUAACCUUCCCCCAAUCGCAUUCACUAUUGGUGGCGAGGAUUUCAUCCUUUUGGGUUCUGACUAUAUUGUUGAGUACGGCCCGAAUAUGUGCCAGUUUGGUCUCGUGCCAAUCGAUCUGCCACCGCCGACCGGCCCUUUAUGGAUUCUCGGGGACGUCUUCAUCCGCAGAUUUUACUCAGUUUUCGAUUAUGGAAACAGGCGUGUUGGAUUCGCUGUAGCAGCCUGA